GUGUGACACCACAGAAAAACUAAAAGCUCUAUUGCCAAGACUGGAACAAGAGCUAAAGGAUCCAACAAAAUUCAAAGAUUUUUAUCAGUUUACUUUUAACUUUGCUAAAAACCCUGGACAAAAAGGUCUAGAGAAGCAUUUAUAUAGCGUAUUCCUUUGUGCCAGACAGGAUCAACGUCUACCAAAACCAUUCCUUGCAGAUAUUUUUCUAACCAAAUGUUCAGUGGUACGGUAG